CAAAACUUCGCCGAGAGCUUAAUUAGCUCAUUUCACAUUUUGAGAGAGAGAGAGAUUGGUGGACAUGCAGGGCGGGAAGAGCACGAACGCUGCGGAGGUCGCGAAGGAGGCGGCGGCGAACGUGGGCGCUUCGGCGUGGGCGGGCAAGGAGAAGACCAAGGCCGUCCUCCAGGAGAAGGGGGCCAAGAUGAAGGUGCACGACCCGGCGGAGAAGGCGGCGGCGGACGCGAGGAUGCAGGAGCGCGUCCGCGAGGUGGAGGCCAUCAAGCAGGACGCCAUGCGCCACAACGCCGCCACCAAGGAGCGCGCCACCGCGGCGGAGCACCACCCGACGCCGACGGCGCCGCUGUCUGCCGGAGCCGUCGCCCAAGAUCGCUCCUCGUCGUCGACUGGUGGCCACGACGACGCCGGUGCAGUACCCAUCGCCACGGAGACCGGCACAGGGAGGCCGGACGCCGUCCCACACGAAAGCUACCUGCCGGCGAGCGGCACCGGCGCGGCCGGUGGUCGCUGCACCUGAGGAUAAAAUAAUAGGGUUUGCUCCGUCGUUCUUAUGGAGGGGAGUCUGUAUAAUUUGUCGUGAGUGUCCGUGUGAGAUUUGGUUGCAUGCUCUGUCUCUUUUACAGUAAUUCUGUUGGUACGUACAGCUUUGCAUGCCAUACCGGGCCGGCUAGUUCAUUGACUUUUGUGCAU